AUGUCCUCAUCAGCUCCGUGGGACUACAUCGCCAAGCUAGUCUGCAUCGGCGACUCAGGAUGCGGCAAAUCUAGUCUCACCAUCCGCCUCUGCGAAGGCCGCUUCUCCGCGCAUCACGACGUCACAAUCGGCGUCGAAUUCGGCUCCCGCAUCGUGCCCGUCGGCCCUCCUCACACGCCCGCCGGCCCCAUCCCCUCCCUGUCCUCUCCAGACGAACCGUCGUCCCCCGCCGGCCUUCCGGAACCCCGGCGCGACACCAGCGGCAUCCCCCAGAAGCAUAUGAAGCUCAGUCUGUGGGACACGGCCGGCCAAGAGACGUACAAGUCCGUCACGAGAUCAUACUUCCGCGGCGCGAGCGGUGCGCUGCUCGUCUUCGACCUGUCGCGCAAGGCCACCUUUCAGCACGUUACCGACUGGCUCAACGACCUCCGCCAGAUUGCUGAGCCGGACAUUGUCAUUGUCCUGGUCGGCAACAAGGCCGAUCUGACGCAGCAGGAGGACAACAAGCGAGAGGUCACGCGCGAGGAGGCCGAAGAGUGGGCCAGGCGCAAUGGCAUCCUUGAAUACGUCGAGACGAGCGCCAAGAGCGGCGAGAACGUCGAGAAGGCCUUUAUGAGGGUCGCCGAGAGGAUAUACCAGAACAUCCAGGCCGGCAAGUACAAUCUGAACGACAGGAGGUCUGGCGUCAAGGGGCCCGGCGCUGGCGGAAACCGGCAAGUGAAAUUAUCUACCGACGCCGCUAAAUCAGGUGGUGGAUGUUGCUGA